AUGCAUAGUAACACAACAAUCCAGACAACAGGCAACUCCUCUGCAAAUGUCACCUUUGUUCGUCCGGCAACAUUUUUCAUCAAUGGCUUUUUUAAUGUCCCACAUGCAAAAUACUACUAUGUGUUCUUGUCUUUGCUGUAUGUUGGGACUGUUUUAGGGAAUUCAUUUAUCAUGUGUAUCAUUUAUUUGGCACGCAGACUUCACACAGCCAAAUACGUUGCUGUUUUCCAUCUGGCCCUUUCCGAUCUGUGUGGAAGCUCGGCUUUGAUACCAAAACUCAUUGACAUGUUUUUAUUCGAGCACCAGGAGAUUUCAUAUGAAGCGUGUUUGGCAUAUAUGUUUUUUGUCUUUCAUUUCAUGAAUCUGCAGUCUUUGACACUACUUGUCUUGGCUUAUGACAGACUGGUUGCUAUUUGUUUCCCUCUAAAGUACCAUGCAGUUAUUACCAAAACAUCCAUGUCACGCAUCAUUGGCUGGAUGUGGAUUUCUUCUGUGGCUUUUUUUUCUGUACUUGUGAGUUUAAUCAACAGACUCUCUUUUUGUAGAACUAAUGAGGUUAAUAGUUAUUUCUGUGAUCACGGUCCUGUUAUAAGUAUUUCCUGUAAUAGUAAUUUCAUAAAUUAUCUCUUGGCAUAUAUUUCUUUCGGUCUUCUGAUUUGCAUGCCGGUGAUACUGGUAACCCUCACGUAUUGUUGCAUUGCUCUGGCUUUGCUUAAGAUCGCUCACGGUGCUGAUCGCAUUAAAGCCAUGAAAACCUGCACCUCACAUCUCGUGUUAGUGGCCAUUUUUUAUCUGCCAAUUUUAAGUGUAAAUGUUAAAUCCAUGUCAACGUCUAUUGAUCAAAACUCCCGGAUAAUUAACAAUUCCUUGACACAAAUAAUACCACCUAUGCUGAAUCCCAUCAUAUACACUCUGAAGACAGAGGAGGUCAUGCAAUCCAUUAAACAACUGUACAAACGACGCAAAGUGAACUCUAUUUCGGAAAGAAAUGUGAAACGGAAAAAAUAAAUACAGGUUCUUGUUGCAUUAUUAUGAAUGAUUGUAUGACAGAAACCUGAUACUGUUUCUUACAUAUAAAUAUUGGAC